AUGGCGACAGCGUCAGGUGGUUCGAGUCACGACGAUACCGUGAUUAGCACGCACUCCUCGACCUUCCGCGAUGCCUCGUCAGUCACCCUGGCGCUGCUCCCGCCGCACCCGCCGCCGAAACCGCCGCAUACGCCGAUAUCGCCGCACGCUAAGGCUCUAGACGAAGAAGAGCGGCGCCGCGGCGGCGCUGGCAGCAAGGAACGCGCCGCGGAGUGUCUAGUGAGCAUCCCCACGGCUGGAGGUCCCCCACCCGCUGCUUCCGGCGUGCGUCACGACGAGGCCGACCCCGCCUCCUGCCGCUAUCCGCAACGCGACUCGGCAUGGGCCGCGGCCCUUGCGGCGUGUAUCGCGCUGUUCAUCCUCCACGAGCUCGUCUCACCGCUCUUCGCGCUCCAAUGGCCGUUCCUCUUCUCCCUCGCCUUCUUCCUCCUUUGCGGCGUCUCCGCAUUCGUCCUCUCCCUGUCCCCUUCCUGCUUCGCGCUCCGCCGACUUUCCAGUAACUUCACUCCUCGCGCCGUCACUGUGUCGUGCGUCGUCAGCACCAUCAUACUUUUCUGCUGUUGGGGGGUUGGGGUAUCCUAUGUGUUCUUUACAUACGACCCUGCGCCGAUUACAUACCUAGUCUACUCCGCUGAGUCGGCCGUAUGCAUCUUACUGCUGCUGCUCACCAUCCUCCCCCUCCUCACCUUGCACCAGCACCUCGAUACUGUCUCAUCCAUUAUCCGUCGUGCUAUCGGGCUGUCACUUUCAUUAGAUACUAAUGUCCUCACAACAAUCAUGUUGCAAGGGGUGCUAUCUGUCGUAAUUCUCACACCCAUCAUGCAAGCGAGCUCUGACUUUAUCAGCUGCUUUAGCAGCUGGUCCUUAGGCCUCACGUGUUACGUGGACGGCAGGCUGGUUACACCAACCCGUUACACCUCAAUUUUCUCCGUCGUCAUGGUUUUCAUCGCCAUCUGGACUCUGCUCGCUGUAGUCACAUCCGCUCUAUUGACCAUCUCAGCACGGUUUGCGCUUGUGUGCGCUGCUGCUGACGUGUCUAUGGGUAGUGGCAACGGCAGAGGGGAUGAUGGUGUAACAUUUAUUGCUCCUCAUGGUGCUAGUCCUGCCGAUGGUGCUGAUGGUGCUGAUGGUGCUGAUGGUGCUGAUGGUGCUGAUGGUGCUGUUGGUGCUGAUGGUGCUGUUGGUGCUGAUGGUGCUGUUGGUGCUGAUGGUGCUGGUGCUGCCAAUGGCGCUGGUGUUGUUGCAUCUAACUCUGACGGUGCUGGGAAGCAGUAUGGACUCUGGCAGAGGAUAGUGCACGUGGCCAAGCAUGACAGUGCGGUCAUGUGUGCAUCGGUCGGCACUGCCAGUGCCAUCAGCUGUGCUGGCACCGCAACUCUCAUCCUUGCAGCGUUCGCCAGCCUGUCUGCAUACAGCUCUCUAGGUGCAGGCAUGGCUGCUGCGCUGGCCUCGGGUCUCGUUGCCUGGAUUGCGGCUCUUGCCCUGGGCUUCCUCUACUGCCUGGUCCUCCCCAUCAGUGCUACCGCCAAACUCAGCUUCCUUCCCUCCCUGCACAUCGCUCUCCGAACUCUCUCACAAGCAAUCUCACCGUUCCUGCUCCUCCUGGCUGUGUCACUAGCGCUACUGCUUCCAGUAGCCGUACUAACGAUUCUGGUGGUCGGCUUUGGUGGGUCGGCUUUGGCGUAUGUGGCUGUCGUUGUUCUCUCCCCUCUGCUCCAUUACAUAAUGGGACCCUCCCAGGCACAAACACUCUCAAGUGGACAAAGUGAGUUUCGGGCUUGCUUGAUGCCUUAA